UAUAUAUAUAUCUCGUUAAACUAUUGAGUACAUAUCAUGGUGGGGAAAAGGAUCGCCCUCGUCCUUGUUUAGUUGUGCUCUUUUCCUCUUCUGAGCUAUUAGCUUUCAGUUCACACUGCAUGCGAAUACAAGGUGUGCCAUAUGAAAUGAAGGAUUUGUGUGUCUUUGAGAGUGAGUUUGUGGUCGUUUUAUGGCAUUCCCUGCAAUUAAAUCUGGGGAAUUGGUGACUUUGAAAGAUUUGCACCCAUCAUCUCCUCUUUUUAAGCAUGGAGCUUCACUUAGAGUUAUUGGGAAGCUACAAGAAUAUACUGUGGAAACAGCCAUUGCUAUUGUUGUUGAUGGAAAUGCCAUCCUGAAGAUUGACACCCAGCACUUGAGGGACCUUAGCUUUCGAAUUGGUUCUGUCUACCAGUUCAUUGGUGAACUCCUUAUCCAACCUGACGAUGAGGCAAUCUUGCAGGCGCGUGUGGGUAGGAAUGUCGAUGGCAUUGACCUCAACCUAUAUCAUCAGUCACUACAACUAUUAAGACAGUUUCAAGCUGACCACUUAAAAAAUUCCACAACUUGAUGCAACUUUGAAGUUUAAUAGACCCACCAGGGGAUUUGGAGAGAGAAAGGUGUUGAAGUAAAACUUUGGAAUUUUUUGCUUGUGUCUUUUCUUUUCUUAGUGCUAUAAACAUAUAUGAUAAUGUGGUCAUAUGCAUAGUGAAACUGCUUUUAAAGCUGCAAAUUAACAGGAUCAAAAAUUCAAAAUUACUCUUA